AUGUUAUCAGGCGAUCAUUGUAGUGUGGAGCCAGGAAGUUCAGAACGCAGCAAAAAAAAGUACGAUGAAGACCUAGAACCUAGAAACUUUAUAGACCACAGCGGAGCUCCAAGCUCGAUCGAAUCUGAUGCAUAUGCUUAUGAGAGCGCCUCCAUUGGAAGUGGGAAAAAAUACAUCAAAGGGUCGGGCACGGUUAACAUUGAAAUAUACAAACGGGAGUACAGUCGGCCGCUCUACAAGAUGAUGCUGUUUUUCUCGAUUUUUCUGGUAGCAUAUACUUACAGCCUCGAUGGUUUGGUGCGCUUUACGUACCAAUACCAAGCGACUUCCGAAUGGAAGAAUAAGUCUUCGCUGAAAGUGGUAAAAUGCGUGAAGACUGUGCUGUGUACUGCCGGUCAGCUCGGCAUCGCGAGGUCUGCGGACAUAUUUGGUAGGACUACGGUACUAAACAUGUCUAUUUUACUGUAUAUUGUGGGAACGCUAGUUCAGUGCAAGGCGAGUAAUAUCUCGAUGUUCGGUGCAGGUACUUGCCUAUAUCAGCUUGGAUUUGUUGGGGUUCAGCUCACUUUACAGCUUAUCGCCAUGGACUUCUCCGACUUGAACUGGAGACUGGUUGCGUCGUUCGUUCCAGCAUGGCCGUUUGUGAUCAACAUCUGGAUCUCCGGGUAUAUCACUCAAGCUAUUGGUCAGCGCUGGUCGUGGGGCAUCGGGAUGUUUGCUUUUAUCAUUCCCUGUGCAUGCGUUCCGCUUGGCUUUUGCCUCUUGCAUAUGAGAUAUCUGGCCUACAAAAAUGCACAAGGAAAAGUGCAGAAUGAAUUCAAAAUGUAUAAGCAGUUGACGUUGCGUGAGUAUCUGGUCGAUAUCUUUUUUUGGAGAUUGGAUUUCAUAGGAUUCAUCUUGCUGUGUGUGUUCUUCGGCUGUAUUCUAAUUCCAUUAUUACUUGGUGGGGGAACAUCCAGCCAUUGGAAAGAAGUGCAUAUAAUCGUUCCAGAGGUUCUGGGUUGGGUAGCAGCUUUGCCGGCAUUUUUGGCUUGGGAAGCAAAAGUUGCUAAGCAUCCCCUGUUGACUUGGGAGAUUAUUGGUGACCGUGGAAUAAUAGCGGCUCUAAUGAUUGCAUUUUACAUCAACUUUAAUUGGCAUCUCUUUGGGGAUUACAUGUUUACCGUCUUCCUGAUUGCUCUCGACCAGUCGGUCUUAUCCGCAACCAGAAUAACUUCUCUAUAUUCAUUUGUUUGCAUUAUCUCCGGUACGCUUCUGGGCUUCGUCAUCGUCAAAGCAAGGCGGACAAAACCCUUCAUUAUUUUUGGGAUCAGCUGCUGGUUUUUGGCUUUCGGUCUAUUGGUUCAUUUUUUUGGCAAAAAGCUUUCUAUGCCAGGGAUAAGCGUUUCGCUAGGUAUAAUGGGUCUAGGUGCUGGAUUUUUCACGUAUACAACUCAAGCCUCUGUGCAAGCGGCUGUCAAAACGCAUGCCAAAAUGGCCGUUGCAACAGCUCUAUACCUCUCAGUAUACUCCCUAGGUUCCGCUGUUGGCUCUGCUGUGACCGGUGCUAUUUGGACGAAUGUCUUAUCAAGGGAGGUUUACAAGACGCUGAAUCAUACCGACGCUGACGCUGCCUACAACUCGCCUAAUCUCUUCAUCCUAACCAAUGCCUAUGGAACUGAGCCUCGGCGAGGUCUUGUUACGGCCUACGCAUACACUCAAAAAAUUCUAUGUAUCGUUGGGCUCUGCUUCUGCGUGCCUCUUUUCCUGGCGGCUCUUUUUUUGAGAAACCAUAAAUUAGAAAGUACAGUAGCCCUGGAGAACGUCGAUGCAAGGACAGUAGAAGAAGAUGAGAAAAGACAUGAUAUUAUAAGCAAAAUUAAACGUCGCAGGCAUGAAGAAAGCGGAAAUCUGCCGAGAUAG